CAACCGGCAGAAUAGAGUUCAUUUCUUUCAGUGGUAACCGGCACUGGUCGAGUGCUAUCCAAAACCGGCAGAAACAAACAGUCUUUGAGGUCGGCUCGUUGCAUCUGGACGUGUAACUUGUUAUUGUUAUUCGGAGUUUAUACUUGGCGGUUAUUUCAAGAUGGCCAAUUCAAAUCCAGAAAUUAAGUACACUCAGAUCUUUAUCAACAAUGAGUUCGUAAAUGCAGUGAGUGGUAAAACGUUCCCUACGAUCAACCCAUCGGCCGGCAAAAAGAUUGUCGAUGUUGCCGAAGGUGAUAAGGCUGAUGUGGAUCUGGCGGUUAAGGCAGCCAAGGCGGCAUUUGACAGGAAAGCUCCCUGGCGACAAAUGGAUGCCACGGCUCGCGCCAAACUGAUUUACAAGCUGAUCGGCUUGAUGGAACGAGAUUUGCAUUAUCUAGCCAACUUGGAAUCGUUGGAUAAUGGAAAACCGUUCAACAAUGCUGUUUAUGAUGUUUACGGAUCAAUUGCCGCUCUGAGAUAUAGUGCCGAGUGGGCGGAUAAAAUUACCGGCGAUACUGUGCCUUCAGAUGGGCCUCAUCUGACCUACACCAGAAAGGAACCGGUCGGUGUGGUCGGUCAAAUCAUUCCUUGGAACUAUCCAAUGCUAAUGUUGGCCUGGAAAUGGGGUCCUGCACUGGCCACGGGUUGUACGGUUGUUAUGAAACCGGCCGAGCAAACCCCACUGACUGCUCUGUAUCUGUGUUCACUGGUCAAGGAAGCGGGCUUCCCGGCUGGUGUAGUCAAUGUGGUUCCCGGUUACGGACCCACCGCUGGCCAUGCCAUCAGUGUUCAUCCCGACGUCCGGAAGGUUGCAUUCACGGGAUCAGUUGAGAUUGGAAAGAUCAUUAUGGCCGAAGCUGCGGGAACGCUGAAAAAAGUUUCACUGGAACUAGGAGGUAAAAGCCCCCUGGUUAUCUGCGAUGAUGCUGAUGUGGAAGAAGCGGCUAAAAUUGCGUACGCCGGUGUGUUUGAAAACAUGGGACAGUGCUGUAUUGCGGCAACGCGUACCUUCGUACAGGAAGGAAUUUACGACGCUUUCGUAAAGAAAGCUACCGAAUUGGCAAAAACCCGCAAAGUCGGGUGUCCUUUUGCUCAGGACACACAGCACGGACCUCAAGUGGAUGAAACUCAGUUUAAAAAAAUCCUAGGAUACAUCGAAAAGGGCAAGAAGGAAGGUGCCAAACUAGAGACCGGUGGUGUUCAGGAAGGAAAAGAAGGUUACUUCAUUCAACCGACAGUGUUUUCAAACGUCACCGAUGAGAUGACCAUUGCGAAAGAAGAAAUUUUCGGUCCUGUACAAAGCAUUAUUAAAUUCAAAACGCUGGACGAAGUCAUCGAACGUGCAAAUGCAACGAACUUUGGUUUGGCAGCCGGCAUCGUAACGAAAAGCCUGAAUAAUGCACUCGUGUUCAGCAACGCCGUAGAGGCUGGGUCAGUGUGGGUCAAUACAUAUCUUGCCGUUGCAGUUCAGGCACCUUUCGGUGGGUACAAACAGUCCGGAAUUGGACGUGAAAUGGGUAAGGAAGGAAUAGAAUUGUACCUCGAAACUAAAACCGUAUCCAUUAGGCUACCCACAAAGGUGUAACACUUUUUUUUUAUUAUUUUUCUACUAUAUCUUGUUCCUUCACUGAACAAUCAGCCAUAUCGCUACGAAAGAAAUACAACUCUCCUACCAAACCAAGAA